AUGGCCUCCUCCUCCUCCUCCUCCUUCUCCGCUGAGCCUAGCCGAGGCGAAGGCAGCAACGAGUCUUUGCUGAUGCUCCUGAGGGGCUGCCAGCCCGGGCCCGGCGUCGCCUCCCCCUUCGGCCCGGUCCUGCCAGCGCCGCGCUUCCUCGAGGCGCAGCCUUCCGCCUGCCCCUUCCAGGCGCCCCUGGGAGCAGGACUGAGUCCCGGUUCGCCUCGCCUGGCGCCCUUCCCCUUCUCGCGCCUGCCCGCCGCCGCCUUCCUGCCUCCUCAGCUGCUGCCGCCGCCGCCGCCGCCGCCCGGUCCUCCUCUGCCCAGGCCCCAGCCGCUGCCGGUGGUCUUCCCUUCGCCCUUGGCUCGGAAGGGCGAGUCGCCUCGCCGGCGCGUCUCCGAGGGAGCGUCGCCCAAGAAGAAGAGCCCCGACGGAGCUCCGGACGCCGAGCAGCGCGCGCCCACCUACCGCUUCACCGCCCAGGAGCUGCACGCCGUCCUCUACGGGGCCGGGCCAGGAGGGAGGCAGCAGGGCGCCAUGGCAGGAGCCGGGCACCCUCCUCGCAGCCCGGGUAAGGAAGGCACCCGCGCGGGGUUUCCCCACAGCCUAGAGGGCGGAGGGUGGCGGGCAGGAAGAAGGCGGGCUUGGGGUGAGAGGGUGGCUGCUUCAUAGGAAGAAACUUUUCGACGAGGACGACCAAGUUUGCACAAAAGCUUUUUUUGCCGGGACGUCUCACUGCCCCAACGCGAGGCUCCUUGGAUAGGAACGUUUCCUCAAAUAAAAGUAAAGCGUGGCGUCAAAUGAAAAUGGCACUUUCCCCCACCCCAUUAAAUCUGCUCCCAGAUUUAAGAUCGUUAGGAAACUUUUGCCCCCGGGGUUAAAUAACAGGGGCAAAAAGAACCCUUCUAAUACUUUGAAUUCUGGGUUUUUGGUGCACACACAGAAAGAAAAGUGGCUGGAAUUUGCGGGCUGAUUUUAUUGGGCAGAUGGCAAUAUCGUAGAAGGAGUCUGGUGCAGCCGUGGUCAACUUCUGUCCAAAUUUUGCAAAGAAAAGUACACCCCCCCUUUUUAUAUAAAAAACUCCCAAUGACUGGAAUAGGAUGGGGGUGGGAGGAGAGAGUGAAGUAGAAGUUCAACCACUAAUUGCAGGCAAAAUUAAACUGGGUUUUAAGAAAUCGGAGCAGUUCUGUGGAAAAACUAGAUAAUGGCACAGCUGGAGUCAAUUUCUCUAUUUUAUUUUAACCCAACAGUUUAUUGCUUAAACUGAUGAAAACUAUUGUAUCAGUGAUUUUUAAAAAGCAUUGGGUGAGGAACUGGUGUAAUUAUUUUAUUAUCUUCCAUGUAUAGGUUAGAUACGUUUUCAAAGCAAAAAUGUUUCUGUGGAAGGAGAAACUCUGAAUGCUUCUGGAGAGUCUCUCUUGACUCCCCUUUUUGUUACCUUUAAUCCACCCCCAAAUAAGAGAAUCUAAAUUUUUCUCAGAAGGGCUCCUCUUGCGAAAGAAGACCCUGAUCAUGCUGAUCAUGCUCCAACGCCUUUGCCAGAUAAGAGUCAGGAAAUCCUGCACUUUAACAGCAGGGCUAUGGAAUAAAUUACCCGCUCACCCCCACUGUAACCAUCCAUCCCAUAUGCUUCAGAGAAGUGGUUAAACUGGGGACAGAUUGGGGACCUUUAGAUGUGUCUGUGCCCGCGCGCAGUACUUUCCUAACCUUAUCUUGUUGGCACUGAAGGGUGGGGUAGUUUAUUUCGGAUGUAUUACUCCGGUGUAACAGGGUUUAAGUUUUGUAAAGGCACGAAUCCUAUGCAUUUCUAUUCAAAUUCCAAUGAGGCAAAUAUUGAUUCCAGCCUGUUUUAUUGCAGGGUCCGUAGACCCGGUGUAACUGCAAUCCUCGCUCUACUUUCAUGGGAAUCGCCUAUUUAAUUCGGUGGGAUUUACUUCUGAGUAGGCAUGGUUGGGAUUGCGCUGUUACUCCGUUGUCUGAGUGCAGUACUAGUUCUCCUUUGCUUUCCCGUUAGGCGCAGUUGAUGGUCAGCCGCCGCUCCUAGACAGAUCUUCUCUGCAACUCCCGGAAGGUAGCUGCGUUUGUUUGGUUUGGCUUUUGUCAAGGGGGUGGUUGGGGAAGAGGGAUCAAGGCUGAUCCUUUUGAGUUCUCGUUUUCUUCAACCCAAAGACUAAUCCUUCUCCCUUCUUCCUCUCUCUCCCCCCCUCCCGUUUCCUCUCUGUAGGGCUGACGGUGUUGCAGACAGUCUACGAGGACAGUCCGCAGCUGGGAGUCUUCUGCACCGAGACCAUCCCCGUCGGCGUCCGCUUCGGCCCUUUCCAGGGCAAAGUUGUCAACAUCAGCGAGAUCAAGACUUACGAUGACAAUUCCCUGAUGUGGGAGGUACAAUUCGCUGAUGUACUGUCGCUUUCUUUUCUCCGAGGGGAGGUGGGGGGGCUGGAUGCCUCAAGCCACGCCUCUGCAUAAGUGAUCACCGCACUUACAGUACUUGGGAAACCAGUUUCUCUGGUUCCAAGGGGUCUUACUCCCAGUAAAUGCGCACGCGCUUCCAGCUUUCUAAGAGAGAUAGCGCAUUUCGCUCCUCAGCUGGGUGUUUUAGGAAGAAAGCAGUGUGGAGUAAUGGUAGAGUGUUGGACUAGGGUUCAAAUUUCCGCUGAGCCAUGAAACUCGUAGGGUCAAUCAGUCUCUCAGCCUAACCUACCUCACAGGGUUGUUCUGAAGAUAAAAUGGGGAGGAAGAGGGCCGUGAAUGCCGCCUUUAGCUUCCUUGUAGGGAAGGUGGAAUAUAAAUGCAAAAAAAUAAACAAAGGGCGUAUGAUGCUGGACUCGCAUCACCCUCAGGCUGCACGGCCAGUGGUUAUGUAAGAUGAGUGUUUUAGUCCCAUCUGGAAGUCCAGAAGUUCCUCCACCGCUGUCUAGAGGAAUAGGUGGCUUGGCUAUGAAAAGAUCCUGCGCAGAUUGAUUUAGAAGCAAUCCCCAUUGCUAACUCCUAACUAAGCGUGUCCAUGAGGAUUGCAGUUUAGCUGAACGCCAAACCCCUUGCUUUCAACGUGAGUGGGGCGAGGGAACAGGAAGGGGCGUUUAGAUUCCCACCCACCCCUCUCCUUGCCAGAAGUGGCGUUGUCUUCCUGGGUUGCUGCUCUCGCUAUAAGCGGGGUGAGCAACCGUGUGUAAAGUUUGUGUGUCCAUCCCAACAGAUUUUCGAGAACGGCCGCUUGAGCCACUUCAUCGACGGCAGGGGCUCCUCCGGCAACUGGAUGUCCUUAGUGAACUGCGCCCGCUUCCCCGAGGAGCAGAACUUGACGGCCCUGCAGUGCCAGGGGCAGAUAUUCUACGAGAGCUGCAAAGAGGUCACGCCCGGCCAGGAACUGUUGGUCUGGUACGGGGAUUGCUACUUGCAGUUCUUGGGCAUCCCUAUCAGCCUGAAGGGAACGGCGGAAGGGAAGCCUGUCCAGGCGCACAGUGAAGGUCAGUUGGCAACCUUCCAAGGCUCCGUAAGAGUCGCGCUCAGAGCUGUUGCAGCCGGGAAUCUGAAUUGUCUGCUCUGUUUGCACAUUGGCUCUCUCCCCCCAACCCCCAAAUACCGCUUGUAAGUUCAAAAUAAGUUAAAUGCUUCACUUUGUAAGUCUGGUAUAAAACUUAUAAAGCUCCCUGUUCAUUGCAUUUAUUCCUCCUCCUCCCUCUUUCACUUUUUGUGCGCGCGCCUUUUAAACUUCUGAAACUAGGUGGCUGUAAAACAACCAACCACCCCUGACGGUGGCUUUUUCCUUCCCUUUCUCACCCUCAGAGUCUGUGGAGGGCUAUAAGUGCGAACGCUGCGGCAAGGUGUUCGCCUACAAAUACUACCGCGACAAACACCUGAAGUACACCCGGUGCGUGGACCAAGGGGACAGGAAAUUCCCGUGCCAGCUUUGCAAGCGAUCUUUUGAGAAAAGGGAUCGACUGAGGAUCCACGUCCUGCACGUGCACGAGAAGCACAGGCCUCACAAAGUAAGGGAUCGCCAACUGGCGCCGCAGCUAAUAAGUGUUUCAAAGAGUACAGAGUGCCACCCGCCCCCAAACACGCUUCUCAGUAAUGGAAGCAAGCCUCGGGGAAUGUGGGGGAAUGUGUGCGGAGGGGGGGCAUUGUUGGGCAGGGACAUCUCAGGCGGUAGAUUCAGGGUUGCCAAAGGGAAUCGUCCUCAAUAGGACGAUUCAAUUAGCCUUGAAUCGUGGGCAAGUUGAACGGUCCGUGUAUCUCUCUGUGUGUGUUCUGUGACUUGCUUUUGCGUGAUUGUGGUUUCAUCCAACGGGCACUUUACUAUCCUGUUUUUAAUUCUAAAAAGGUCUUUUGAUCAUUUUCAUAAAGGGCUCCGUGCGUGUAGCCUUCCUUGGGAGUAAGUCCCAUGGAAAGCAAUGGAAUUUGACUUCCGAGUAAGCAUUGCUUUGUAUGGCAUCGGGCUUAAAUACGGUGUGUCACAAAGGAUGCCCUUGAAAGUCUCUGCAGCUGUUACGUGUUGCAUUCGUGUGUGUGAAUGCGGAGGAGUCUAAUGGACUGUGAUAGGUUGUUCUCCGUUGGCACUUGCCGAUUUCGUUUAAGCUCCGCAUAAGUAGGCUGAGGCAGAGACUCAAUGCAGUAGUUAUCUAUUAAGAGUACGUUUUCUUUGCGGUCUAGUUAAAACAGUGGUUCUCAAAGGGUGUGGCAGGAGACGGUGGCGGGAGGAUUCAAAUACAAUCAAUAUUAUGUGUUAUUAUGUGGCUGCAUUUUUCCCCUGGGUGUCCCAUGAUCAUAUUAUAAAGCAGCUGUGUUCUGAGUUACAAGUCACGCACUGCUAGGAGUUGCUUCUUUUUCUUUUCCAAUGUAUUUCUUAUCGAUAAAAAAAAUAUCGGUGUGGCGCCUGCAAAUUUUACUUCUGAAAGCGUGGCCCAAAUAAAACAGUCUGAGAACCACUGAGUUAGGGGGUGAAGGAAAACCAUGGUGACACUUCCGGGAAGGGGUCCUUAAUUGUGCCCCCUCCCCCCUCUCGGGGAAAAACAACGCAGAGAGUUCAAGCUACUCUCCUGCUUCACUGCAGGGAGUGAUUGCAGCUCCAGGAAACCACCAUUGCAAAACGCACCGCCUCUGCUGAUUCUCUGCCCUGAAAUCUUUUUUUCCUCUUGUUUUGUUGCUGCCCCCCCCUUUUUCUUCCUUUUUUAAAACUAUGAUUACUUGCGGUUUAUUGGAGCAAAUGUUCGGCCUCAACCCUGGAGCGCACUUGUCUGAAAGCAGACCCAGUUCAUUCAAAGCCAAUGAGGUUUGCUUGUGACGGUAGUGAUCUUCACACAAAACCCCUAGCAAUGAAAUCGGGUGGAGCGAAUUCCUGAGUUCCUCAAGGUAAUGGUUCUGGAUAGUUCACCUGUUGUGAAAUUUAGAAGCGUGGUGUUGCAUUUAGUUGCAAUUGCAGUACACUUUUGGAAACAGAAUUACAAAAUGGAAAGGUUAUGGAACUUUUAAAUAUAGAUAAGUGUGCUUUCUGUCUCUCCUCUCCCCUCCUAUACCCAAGGAUUCCACGGCACUGAAAUGUCUUUUAGCCUCUCCAGUAUCUUCGGUUGGCUGGAAUAAUUAAAGAUGAACUAGGCAAAGGGGAAUUCCCAUAAGUGCCAUAUUUUAAAGAGCAGCUCCUUAUUUGAAUUGUGUUAGAGCUCCUGGCAGGGGGAGGGGAAAGAACUCUCAUUUCAUAGUGAGAAACUGAUCUCACCCACUUUUACUUUGAAGUAACUGACAGCCCAGCCUUUAUGUAUCUAUAGAACUAUAGCCUGAGGCUGCAAUCCUAUACUUACCUAAGCGUAUGUCUGAUUAAAUUAACUGGGGCUUACUUCUAAGUAGAUAGUCUUGGGAAUGUGCUCUGAAAAGGUGUCACUUGACUUGAUUGCUAUUCCAGACAAUAGCUGAGUACUAUCUUCCAUUUAAUAAUAUACAUUCAUAUCAUUAUUAUCCACUUUACCACCCUGGCUCUUUAGAGGCUAUCAACUUCCUUACCUCCCACCUCAUGGCUUUCAAAAUUAACCUUUAUAUCAUUACAUUUCGUAUGUUUCCCACUUCUAAUCACACUCAUUACAAAAUAGCUCAAAAUGUAAAUAAAUAAACUUCUCAUUACAAGUCUUCAGAUAACCCUGCUAGUGAUGUUAAUUGCUUACAAUAAUCUUUCAGAUAUUGAAUAAAUUCACUCCAGUCCUUUUGGAAUACUUGAUGGUGCUUGUUUCGGAUUUUUCCUGUCAGCUUCGCCAAUUCUGCAAAGUCCACCAUCUUCAUCUGCCACUCUUCUUUCAUUGGCACUUCUUGUUGUUUCCAUUUUUGAGCUAAAAGAAUUUUUGCCACAGUUGUUGCAUACAUAAACAGUUUUUUAAUCUUCCCUUCAUAUCUCUUCACCCACUAUAUCCAAUAAAAAGGCUUCUGGUUUUUUAACAACUUCAGUCCGACAGACUUAGGACAGCUUUACAACAUUUUAGUUUUUUUCUUGAUUUGUGCCACUCUGCCGUAAAACCUGCAGAGAACACCCCAGAUGUAGAACCUCUCUCGGGUGCUUUGUUCUCCACAAAGGGUGACAGGAAUGGGGAGGAGGGAGGAGCUAGCACAUUAACUUAGCAUCCAACCAUGACUUCUGAACUGAGGGCUGUUCACUAACAACCUCUCACGAACUAGCAUUACACUUUCUUCAAGCCCAGCUGGCCAUAUAAACACAACUUCAACUCAGUUGUCUCAUUCCCUAUCCUUGAAAUCUGAUUAAGCGUGAGGAAAAAGUGAGACAUCUUCCUUCAUUUUCAUCCCUUGUUACAGGGACAGAAAGAGCCUCAGCUUGGUAGCAAUUAAGUAGAAGCAAUUAAGAAGUCUCAGGCAAUAAACAAUGUUAAAAUAGUUUUGUAAAAUAGUUACAAACUACAAGUGCACCUCCCCUUACAUGCAUCCCACUAGGAGACCUCAUAAUAGAUAGAUAGAUAGAUAGAUAGAUAGAUAGAUAUCUUCUCCUUGUUUGGGGCUGCUGCCCAGAAGUUGCUGCCUCAGCAAGGGAAGGUGGCCUUUGAUUGACUAGCGGCUUCUCCUCACCUCCAUUGCAUGUCCAUGAACCCAUCCUGGUACCAGUUACGUUGGGCGCCCUUCUCUGCCCCUGCCCUCUGUGGCCAGCCAGCCACUGCUGCUGCACCCACUGGCCCCCCUCAGGUAGGCAGGCUCAGUUCAGGCUAGGCAGCUGCCCCAGAUAAUGAGUCUCUCCCUCCCUCCCUGCAUGCCCUCCUUAUUAAAGUUAGCUGCUCUCCGCUUUACACAAUUUCACUUAUGCCUGCGAGGGCCCAGAACACCUGUAUAUGUGUGUGUGUGUGUGUGUGUGUGUGUGUGUGUGUGUAAUCAGCCUCUGUUUUAACAUAUCGAUGCUUGGAAAAUGCGCGAAACUAUAUAGUAGACACUGAUACUCCAGUAUUGGACAAGACUACAGGCUUAUGCCAGAGUGUUUUUUGGGGGACGGGGGGAAUCAGACUCUCAGGCCUUGUUAUCACUGUGCACCCAAGUGCCCACAAAUUGAUCAGAGCAUCUUUACAGGGCAAUCUGCAGAUCAGUGUGUAGGCUUCAAGCCUACACAGCGAAGGCACGUAGUACAGGCAGGUGCUGUGGCUAAAAUAAUCUUCUUGGCAUGAUUCAUACAUAUAGGUUGAAACCUUGUAUAUUUCUACAUUCUACAUACAUUAUUUUUUAUAUAAAAAAGCACAUUAUCAGUUAUGUUUGCCUUGUCUGUCUUGUCUGUAUUCCUAUCUAAAUCUCUUGUCUUGUAUUGUUAUCUAAAUGUGCAUACGUGUUGCAUGCCAGCAAAAACGUCUGUACCUGUCGCUGCAGUCACAAAACGGUCCUAUGUGUUCUCUCUUUUCAGUGUUCUACAUGUGCCAAAAGUUUCUCUCAGUCUUCCAGUCUAAACAAGCACAUGAGAGUACACUCUGGAGAAAGGCCCUAUAAAUGUGUGUAUUGCAACAAGGUGAGGACAACCAUGCCCUUUGAAGUUCCCUUGAGGUUUUAGUUGCUUGUAGGACGUUAUGUUCUCUGGCAUGCUCAGUUUAAUCUGUUUUAAUUCUGAAUUUAACGUUGAGCCCCAACUAUGUUAGAUGUAAUGCAGAAGACACAUGGCAGGUCUCCCAACAUAUGCAUUUGUUAUUACUGCAUCUGGGAAGGCAUGGAAAUGCAAUGUUUUCUAUUUGCAAUGAACUGGAGUCUCAGCCUCCUUAGGUGAAUGUAAGGCUAUCUGAGCCAAGCUUUUAUUCCUGGGUCCCACACCUGAACAGACUGUUAUAAAACAGUGGUGUAGUUGAUGGAAUUUUAGGCUCUGGAUUUAACCUUCUUGCAACCCUCUUCCACUUAGAUGAUAAAUAAAGUGGCAAGGCAGCCCUGCUAGGUUCCUCCCCACUGGUGGGGGGGGGGUUGGUUUUGCUGAGUGGGACCUUGGAUUUCUUCCUCAAAGUCCUCCCUUAACAGCACCACAGACUGCAAAACAAAAUAUCACCUUUUUAUAGUUGCUGUGACUGACUUGUAACUUGAUUUGUCACAUGUGUUGCCUGCCGGCCCUUUAGGGGAGCUUGUGGAAAUGUAUAUGGAGCGAGUCCCCUUUUUAUUUCCACUACAAUCUUGUGAACUAGGCUUGUCUGAGAGAUAAUGAUGACUUGCUCAAGGCUAUUUACAGAAUGCCAUAGCUUGGCUGUGAUUUGCACAUAGUUUCCCACAUCCCUCCUUCACUGGCUGUGAACAUGUGAGGCUGGGAUUUUAUCUGCCGUAUAUAAGACCCAGCAAAAGCCCAAUUGGUUCUCCUGCUGUAGAAACAAGCAUUGUAACUUAAUUACAAUUUUGUGAGCAUGUGAUUCCUUUCAUCUUGUUUGUCACUUGUAGCUUUGUGUCUGAAUGCGCUCUCUCUCUCUCUCUCUCUCUCUCUCUCUCUCUGUGUGUGUGUGUGUUUGUGUGUAAAAGCUUUCUAUGCCACCUGAAAUCAUUUUGUUCACCAUCUCCAUAGGCAUUCACCGCCUCCAGCAUCCUGCGCACCCACAUCCGCCAGCAUUCAGGAGAGAAGCCUUUUAAAUGCAGACAUUGUGGCAGAGCAUUUGCUUCCCAUGCUGCCCAUGACAGCCAUGUGCGGCGCACACACGGUGCUAAAGACAACUGCCGCACCUGUACUUUGUGUGGCAAGACCUUUUCAGAGGUAGAAGAAUUCCGCUUCCAUAUGAAGUUUCACACAGGCCAUUAG